CUUGCAUAAAUGCUCAAAACAGCUGAGGUGAUGAUCAGACGCACCAAAUUGUAGAGCUCCGUUUUGGGCUCGUACUUGUCGCACAGUUACUUUCGGUUUUACGUAAGCGCGCUGGUCCACCUUGGAGAGAGAAAGUCCGCAGCUGUCCUUAGAUUCCCCAAUCAGCAGAAUUGACAGCAGGUGUGAAUUCAUGUCUGUAUUUCCCGCGCAGACAUAUACUGCCCGGUGUUGUGCUCGGCCAAAACAUGACUGAGGUGAUGAUCACCAGCUCCCCCAUGGAAGAUAUGAGGCUCAGCCCUAGCAAGGACAGACUCUCUUUCCAGAUAUUCCCUGACCCAUCAGACUUUGAUCGUUGCUGUAAGCUCAAAGAUCGGUUGCCAUCCAUCGUCGUUGAGCCUACCGAGGGAGAAGUCGAGAGUGGGGAGCUUCGCUGGCCUCCAGAGGAGUUUCUGGUCAGUGAGGAGGAAGAGGAGCAGGAUAAUGGCAGCAUCCAAAAUGGACAGCCAACACCAAAAUCUCAGCACUAGAGGCUGUGUUGCAGCACCCAUACUCAAGUUUUCCCUCCCAUUGCCACACUGGUUACACUGCACCUCAGCACUCAAACAACCUGGCAGACACACAGUCAGUGUCUCAUGAUGCCAUCUCGUUGCCCUCGACCCAAAACAUCACUCCCGUGACAGAAGCAAUACACUCGGGCAACACACUUUCUCGCCCAAUAAUUUCAUCACAAAAGAACAGACAAGCACACCUUCAACCUACGCUUACUUCCUACCAUGCCUACCACAGCUCAGUGCUCCAUGGACAGCUCUUACACUGCGGGGGGGGGGGGGCUACAACUGCUCUGUACUUUACUCCAAAAUGGCUGUCAUCAUGACCCCAGAGACUUCAUACACUCAUACAGAACUGUUGUGGUACCUGUGGGGCUUGUCGUCCGCAGUAACACUGUCCAUACCUUACAAUUUCUGGAUUGAUAUGUUUGUUGUAAUUGCCACUGCUCUCCCUAGAUUUUGUCUUUCUGAGAAGUGAAUGUUUUGUGAUUUUUGUAUGAAGUGGGUGUUGUGAAUAAUGUUAUUGGGAUUUCCCUUGGCUCCCCUGUCUGAAAAGAUUUUUGUGACUUACGUCAGGCAUUCACAUUUAAAUAAAUAAAUAAAAACUCUUAAAGGCAAUGUGGAAUUGUUUAAGAGAAGUGAGCAGGAAAAUUAACCAGCAUGCCCUGCUAAUGCAAUAAUUCAUUGUACAAAGGCGUUUUGUGCAGUGAGGGCACAGUCACGCUAGGACUUCUGUGAGCCUUUUGACAAACCGUAGGCCUACUUGAUGAAAAAUCAGUAGUACAACACCGAGAACAAAAUCUGAUGCAAGCAGGCUUAUUUAAAGGCAAAGCUGAGUACUGCAAAUUGUAAUUAAAAAAAAAAAGCAGUUAAUGAAG